CGCAGACGAACUCAUGGAAAACUACGAUAAGGACGUUUACAGAUGGGCUGUUAUUUACGAGAAUCAACGAGGAUUCACUCUUUUUUCCACCGCGUAUUAUUCACGUCUGCCCCUGCUCCCUAUCGACCCUCCGGCGUUCACUCUACCAUCCACUUCCAGGAUAGUCCGCGGCAAAUCACCCUCACUUAGACUGUCUACAUACCCCCUUCCCGACGGCUCCUGGCGCUGGGUCUCGCGGAAGUGGAUGGUCGACAUGCGCGGUGAUGGCCAGACCCAGUACGACGGCUUCGAGUACAACUGGCUCUUCCGUAAACACCACUGGCGUGCGCAGACGGGAUUUAUGAGUGCCGGUGGCUGGGUGCGACGGCGACGCUGGGUACGGCUGAUGGUCCGGCCUGCUCUCAGCAAGCAGCCCACCGGCGACACUGUCAGUGAGGCUACAACCGGUCUCCUCGCAGCCAUUCUACCUCACCCGGAGACGGGGACGACUCGCCCGCCGUCUGUCAUAGUAACAGCAGAGGACGAGGACGAGGACGAGAAGUCUUGGAAGGAGGAUGUGGUAUGGAAGGGAAACGUCGAAGAGGACUGGCAACGCUGUCGACGUGCUCUCAUGAGGUUGGACAGAGACGGGAGGAAGCUAGAGCUGUGGCAGAGAUGGAUGCACGACUCGAGGCUGGACGUGGCGCACGACGAGGUCGAAACCUCGGCGCUACGCAAGCAGUGGACGGAAGAUGAACACCCGCUACCUUCGCAACAUGUCCGCGAGGGAACGGCCACCGUCGACGAGAAGCUUGCGGGUGAUACGGGAGUGAUUAUAGAACCCGCGGCUCGAGAACACAUUGCUCGAGUCCUGCAGGUCCAUGGUCAAGAUAUCCUACACCUUUUUGUCUAUCCAGACUCCCGUGCACAGUUCAUAGAACUGGUGACGCGGGCUAACCUACUUGCAGACAUAAGUGGUGGGCUUGAAGGACUAUCGACGCUGUCUUUACUUGAUUUCUGGAGUUCUUCUCAGAGUCUACAGAAUCUGAUAGGCGAAGGGUCGUCCGUAUGAAUUUCGCACUCUGGAUGUUCG